UAUUUUCAUAUAUUUGUUUAUUUAAAUAGAACUUAUUCAAAUCAUUCGAGGAUUUUUUCAUUCUACAGGAUUUUCCUCUUAAAUUCCCCUUUAGAAUAUAUUAAAAUCACAACCUCUAAUACUAAUUCAUUUAACAGAUUUUAAACUAAGUUUAAUCAAAAAAUGCCUUCUCCAAUCGUUCACAACGCCCAAAUCAGACACGGACCAUUAAAGCCUCCAAAUUUAAGUCGCAGUGCAACUGCUACAGAUACAAGUCUUGGACAAGUAUUUCUCGAAUGUAUAGCUAGCCAUGCUGAUCCGUCCCUUGCAAAAUGGUUCUUUGGGGACAGAGAAAUAACUAAUGAGACUGGAGUAUAUAAUUUUAGUCAGGAACAUCAAGAUGGGCAAAGAGACAAAUUUAGCUGUGAAAUUAAAGAUUUGGCCAAAUCAAUGACUGGAGUAUAUAAACUACAAUUAACAAGUUUUGAUGGGCGUCAAAACACAGCUGUUUUUAAUUUACCUUUGGUUGGCAUUGAAAAAUGUAAUUGGACAAAUGUGACAGCCUCGUUAACUAUGGAUCCAUUAGAAGUUCGUCAAAUACCCCCAACACCCCUUGUCCCUAUUAAAUAA